CUCGGCGAAGAACUCGAUUGCCAUCGAGUGGGGUGUCUAUUUUUUUAACGAAGUACUAGUAUAAAAGAGCCAGUUUUGUGAUUUAAUGGUAUCAUUUGAUCGUUACGCAUCAAAUACAUCAAACCAAACAAACCAAAAUGUUCAAAUUCUUCGCUGUUGUCUUCGCCGCCAUCUUGGCCGUAGCUUUCGCCGCCCCCAAACCCGAAGCCAAACCUUCGGUCGUGGCAGCUUACAGCGCACCCCUAGCUUACAGCGCACCUUUGGCUUACAGCGCACCUCUGGCUUACAGCGCAUCGUACAGCGCACCAGUGGCGUACGCUUCACCAUCCCUCUACAGCGGAUACGCUGCCGCCGCUCCCUUGGCUUACUCCGCCUACGCCGCCCCUGCCGCUGUUGUAGUCUAAGUUUGGAAAAGCUACGUUGAUGGACCGGUUAAAGAAAAAUAGUGCAGAAUUUCAGUUGGACCUUGCCUUUUAGUAAAUUUUUGGAUAUAUUAGAUGAUUUAAUAGAGAAAAAAACUUGAUGGAUAAUGUAAAUAAAUUAUUUCAAAUAAAUUAAUUUUCGUACAUAAACAA